UGAGGAUGGGCGUGUUUAGCAGACAGUUCCCUUGCUUCCCUUCCACUUGCUCUAAACUGAAAUUUUUGCCAUACCUCUUAACGGUUGAGUGCCCGACCUUAGCAACACAAACAUACCUGGAUUUAUUCUAAAAAAAAAAGCUUUUUGGAUAUUGACCGGAUAUCGAAAUCAAGAUGUUCUACACUUGUGGACCCAAUGAAGCCAUGGUGGUGUCUGGCUUUGGUCGUUCCCCUCCUCUAAUGAUUGCUGGAGGAAGAGUGUUUGUCUUCCCAUGUAUUCAGCAGAUCCAGAGAAUCACACUCAACACCCUGACUCUGAAUGUGAAGAGUGACAAAGUCUACACUCGCCACGGUGUCCCUAUCUCGGUCACUGGCAUUGCACAGGUGAAGAUCCAGGGCCAGAACAAGGAGAUGUUGGCCACUGCCUGCCAGAUGUUUAUGGGCAAGUCUGAGGGUGAGAUUGCCCAGAUUGCUCUAGAAACACUGGAGGGACACCAGAGAGCCAUCAUUGCCCAUUUGACUGUGGAGGAGAUCUACCAGGACCGCAAGAAGUUCUCAGAGCAGGUCUUUAAGGUGGCCUCAUCUGAUUUGGUCAACAUGGGAAUUGGUGUCGUCAGCUACACGCUCAAAGAUGUUCAUGAUGAUCAGGACUACCUUCAUUCCCUGGGUAAAGCCAGAACAGCCCAGGUGCAGAAGGAUGCCAGGAUUGGAGAGGCUCAGUACAAACGGGAUGCUGUCAUUAGGGAGGCCCAUGCGAUGCAAGAGAAGGUGUCUGCUCAGUACAAGAAUGAAAUUGAGAUGGCAAAAUCCCAGAGAGACUAUGAGCUGAAGAAGGCAGCCUAUGAUGUUGAGGUCAACACCAAGAAGGCUGAGUCAGAAAUGGCCUACCAGCUUCAGGUGGCUAAGACAAAGCAGCGCAUUGAAGAGGAGAAGAUGCAGGUUCAGGUGGUGGAGCGGACACAGCAGAUUACUCUGCAGGAGCAGGAGAUCAUCCGCAAGGAGAAGGAGCUGGAGGCCAAAGUCAAGAAGCCCGCGGAGGCAGAGAAAUACCGGCUGGAGAGGCUGGCUGAGGCACAGCGCCUGCAGCUCAUCAUGGAGGCUGAGGCUGAGGCUGAGUCCAUCAGAAUGAGGGGUGAGGCAGAGGCUUUUGCCACGGAGGCUAAAGGCCGUGCUGAAGCAGAGCAGAUGGCCAAGAAGGCUGAGGCCUUCAAGCAGUACAAAGAUGGAGCCAUGGUGGACAUGUUGCUGGAGAAACUGCCACUGAUGGCAGAGGAGAUCAGCAAGCCACUGACGUCGGCCAAGAAGGUCACCAUGGUGUCCAGUGGCGGCUCAGAGGUGGGAGCGGCCAAACUGGCCGGAGAGGUGCUAGAUAUCAUGACCAGGCUGCCAGUUGCUGUGGAGAAACUCACCGGAGUCGACAUUGCUCAGGUUGGAGGACAGGCUACCCGUGUACGUUAAGAAGAGAGGGAGAAUAUAAAAAGUAAUCAGGAGAGGUGUCACCAAUAAUCAGAUUAGGAGCUCCACGUCUCCUCUUUGUGCUGAUAACCACUCUAAUGACUCUGUUACACCACCAUAGUCCUGAUUGUCUGUGUGCAUGCUUGUGUUUCACUUGUGUGUCUGUUUUGCUGGUUCCUCCUCCAUCUAACAGGGAUGGGAUUUUUCUUCCUCCUUUAUGUGGUUUCUUUCCAUGUCACCGAUUAGAGCUCUUGUGUUUUCUGCUGUGGGUGACAGAAAACAGCUGCUAGGGAUUUGAGUAUUGAUGAAGCUACUUUGUUUGCCAGGAGAGAAAAGGCUCACUUUAGCCAGUGAUAGUCAAAGUAGAAAUUCCUGUCUCUGUCUUUUUAUACUCGACUUUCAGUAUGCAAGUUUUUACUUUCUUACUGCAAUCAGCCUCAUUAUCCCUGCACAGGGACUGGGUCAAUAAACUGUUGUUCUUUUGUAACUUUUUAAUGUGGAAAAUUAUUUUUAUUCUGUGCCUUUCAAUUCACUAAAUGCUGAAGAGCUCAUAUUAUCACAGCAUGACCUCAUACUUUUGUGAGUGGGCGUAUUGUUUUAGUCAACAUAGUUUUUAUACUAUUUGCUUAACACAGCCUAGCUUAGUGUUUCUUAUAAAAAGACAGGCAAAGCUGGGGUGGUCUCUCGGUUAUAACUGACAUUACUGGGCCCAAAAUCAUAUCAGUUGUACUGCAAGUGGAAGGAUUUUCUCUGUGCUUCAGAAUGAAGGGAAAGGAAGUGGUAUUAUGGAAACAAGUGACUGAGGUUUCCCGUGAAACGCAAUGAAAGUAUGUUAUGGUGGAAUAGAAACAUUUUGACUUUUGUUUUUGCUGCAGUGUCUUCUAGAGUCUAACUCUUAACUAACUGGAGUCACUAACUAAGCAACUAACCAGCCUGCUGCUUUGAUGUGCUUGCUGCCUGAAUUUUAAUUUGAUAUACAGGAGAUGAUAUGAUAUUUGCUGUCUUUUUAUUUGUUGUACUGACUUUCCAUUACAAUGUGAUACUGGGUUUUGUAGAUUUUGGCUGAUGUUAGGUCUUGUAGCUGUGGGAGGUUCUGAACAACAGCUCAGUUCCUUUGAUAUGGAGCUCGGGGGCUGAUUUUUCUCUUUCUUUAGAUGCCUCACUAACAGUCAAAAGUUUUCCAGCUAUCAAGCCUUACGCAUUUUGCUACCGUUAAGUGCCUGGUCAUGACUCCUCAAAAGCCAAGUCAAGUUGGCCUCUCUGGUUAAGCUUAUCUCACUUCUCCGUCAGGGACUGAUUCCUUAAAUCUGAUUAUUAUAAGCCAUUAGCCGUCACCAUUGAUGGCUAUAGAUGAAAGCCAAAUCAAUCUACUCAUUUUGUAUGUUCUUGGUACUAACCUUUUGCUUACCUUAAAAUUGUGUUGUUGCAUGUCUAUCUUUUAAAUUGAUAUAAGAAAUAAUUGUUACUUAGUGUGAAAGUUAUAUGCUAGUGUCAAAUAUUAAAGAUUUAUAUGUAGUGAAAUGUUCUGAGAUAAUCUAGAAAAUAAAAUACAGUGUAAUCACAGAAA